UUAUUGUGAGUUGUUGAGUGGGGUGGAUUAUUUGUUUUAGAAAAUCUAAAAAAAUAAUUAGUGCAUAGUUGUCUUUUGAACUCGUGCCCGAUUACUGCGUUAAAUCGUUGUGUGUUCCUUGCAGUUUGUCAGUAGAACUUGUUUUGAUCAUUUACGUCGCUGCUCACGAGUAUUACGACUUACGACGGUGGUGAUUUAGCACAAGUGUUAAAAUGUUCUGUUUUCUUUGAUUGAUUACGAAAACAGUUUUGUUUCGUCAUGUUCCGGAGCAGGAGUUGGUUUGGGGCUGCUUGGGGGCGGCCUAAGAACCCCCAUUCGUUAGAAAGAUUGAAGUAUUUACAUAAUAUUCUUUGUAAGAAUACUACAGUCUCUGAGAGCAAUCGGGGGACUUUAGUGGAGUCCUUGAGGUGUAUAGCGGAAAUAUUGAUAUGGGGAGACCAGAACGACAGCUCAGUCUUCGACUUUUUCUUAGAGAAAAACAUGCUAUCAUACUUCUUGAAGAUAAUGAGGCAGAAGUGUGGAGGGUCGUCCUACGUCUGUGUGCAACUGCUCCAAACUUUGAACAUCCUGUUUGAGAACAUUAGAAACGAAACUUCAUUGUAUUAUCUUCUCAGCAACAACCAUGUCAAUUCCAUAAUAGUUCACAAGUUCGACUUCUCCGACGAGGAAGUGAUGGCAUAUUACAUUUCGUUCCUGAAGACGCUCAGCUUGAAACUGAACAAUCAUACUAUUCACUUUUUCUACAAUGAGCACACGAAAGAUUUCCCCCUUUACACAGAAGCGAUUAAAUUCUUCAACCACAACGAGUCAAUGGUGCGCAUAGCGGUGCGCACACUUACGCUCAACGUGUACCGAGUGCAAGACGCGAGCAUGCUACGGUUCAUUAGGGACAGAACCGCAGCCCCAUACUUCAGUAAUUUGGUCUGGUUUAUUGGAAAACACAUUUUGGAGCUAGAUGCGUGUGUCAGAAAUGAUGCUGACCACCAAUCCCAACAGAAACUGGAUGACCUCGUCGCCGAGCAUCUAGACCACUUGCAUUACAUCAACGACAUCCUCUGUCUAAACAUACCUGACUUGAACGACGUCUUAACAGAGCAUUUAUUGCACAAACUGCUUGUGCCUUUGUACAUUUACUCACUGACGUCAGAUCCGUCCAGGCGUCCAAACACGUCCCCGUAUAACCGAGAUCACAUCCAAAGCAUAGAAGCGAUCACGAGAAAUUUAGAAGCGAUACUGAAAGGGAAAAACGCAGAAGUAUCUCCCACAAGAAUGACCUUCCCAAGACACAGGAAUGAAUCUGAAGAUGAGGUGAAACCUUCAGUAUCUUGUGUGGUAUCUUUAUUCCUUCUAUCCCAAGUGUUUCUUAUCAUAACACACGGUCCCAUCGUCCAUGCUUUGGCUUGGAUUAUUCUCCAAUCAGAUAUGUCUGUUUUCGAAGACGGUGCUACGAAAAUCUUAGAAAUGUACAUAAGCAACGCUAAAUCCAACGUCAAAUUGGAGUUUUCGAAGCCACAGUUAAGCUUGGAAAAAGCUUUAGAAAGCACAUCUGGUCAUGAAAGAGAUUACACGACGCCUGAGUAUGGAGGUCCUAAAGUUUUUGGAUCAGAAGACACAGACCAGUCCAGCUGUGACUUAGACCCUGAGCUUGUUUCAACCUCGCUGCCGUCCACUUCACAUAUCAGCGAGACGUCGAGCAUAGCUCACGACUCCACAGAAGAUCUGGUCACCCAAGUACAUUCUCUCAAGUCUGAUAUCACUGUGAAGCAAAACAUGCCAGACUCUCCUUUACCUGACUCCGGGAUUGAAUCGAGCUCGUCUAAAACAGAGUUCAAUAAUAUUACUGACGAAGAAAAGCAGAAACUUCUUGCUGUCUCUCAUGCAGCGAAUGAGAAGGUGUCUUUGGAGAAUUUAUUGGAAAAUCAAAGUAAAGAGGUGGAAAAGAGGCCGUUCCUUAAAACUAUCCUGGACUCUUUGGAUUGCAGCGAAAAUGACUAUAAGGCAUUGUUCGCGUUGUGUUUGUUGUUUGCUCUCAUAAACAAUAAGGGAGUGAACACGGAGUUGUUAGACACGCUCUUAUGCCCUGAGGCAGAGGGUUCUUUAUCGAUUGUGCCCAGUACAAGUCAAGAAGCGACAUCUAGCGAGUCCAAGGAAGGAACGCCCACUCCGACUCAUUCGAGGAAGCCAAUGCAAAGCUUCAACGCUUUGCUCAUUUCGAAACUAAUUACGAUAGCGCAUUUGAGUUGUAAGCCUGCCUCAAAAGUCCGCCUAGUGACGCUGGAGCUGAGCGUGACGCUCGUCCGCAUCGCCAUGCGCGGCGCCAGCGGCGUGGUGGGCGCGCGGCACAUCGCCUCCGCCGACAGCCUGCGCGGGCGGGCCGCGGCCCUCGCCAGGAACUUCUACAAGUGCGACGACAUCUUCCUCGACAUGUUCGAGGACGAAUAUUGCGAGAUGAGCAAGCGGCCGCUGAACGUGGAAUGGCUGUGCAUGGACGCGGCCAUCUUGUUGCCGCCCACUCGCACGCCCAUGUCGGGCAUCGCGUUUGCCAAGAGACUGCCCAGUGGAGAGAUGGAGAGAGCCCGCCGAGCGAUACGAACGUUCUUCCUCAUCCGGGACCUUUACUUGAAACUGACGGGGAAACCAGAGAACCAGCUGCCUCUCACCAACCCGGCGCCGUUCGUGCAAGUUGGAGACAUCCUGGACCUCAACGAUUCCGACCUCAUAUCCUGCGACAUCAUCCAGAAGGAUGGCACGUGCCACCACCGCUUCCUAGCUGUGGACAACAUCCAGAUUAUUCUGGUUGAGCCGGACAAACAGAAGUUGGGAUGGGGCGUGGCUAAGCUAGUCGGCAGCCUUCAGGAUUUGGAGAUACAAGGUGACAAAGAAGACCCUCGUUGCUUACACCUAACUAUCCACAAGCCGCGGGUGGGAGCCAGCGGCGCGUUACCUCGCACGGUGCUGCUACGAGCCAAGUUCAAGUUCGACGACCACAUACGCAGCAUGGCCGCUAAACAGAGACUGACUAAGGGCCGCACGAAAUCCCGUCAAAAGAAGAUGCAACAGAUAGGGCGACUGCUAGAAGUAUCGGGCAUGGCCGCACCGGCGCUGGCGCCGCGACACCGGCCGCUAUUCACGCGCCCUGCCGGCCUCACCGCCAUCAGGAGGUCCACUGGAGGCGACGGCGACGAGCCAGAACGUCGCUUGCGCAGACCAAGCGCACACAUGCUCAAAGAUGGCAUAGUAGUGUACCGAGAACGAACCACGAGCCGGGAGAGUAGCAUAUCUCGAAGCAGCAGCACCCAUGGGUCCCGGGAAGGCUCGCCGCGAUCGCGUUCUGAAGAAAUACCUCUAGAAGAUAUUAGAAGGAACGCUGCCAGCUCUUCAAGCACGCCUACAGUUUCUAUACCACAAACAUCAUACCAAUCGCAACCCAGUACGUCUGCCCUAGCAAAGACAUCUACCAUCUCAUCGGAAGAAACCUCCUUCAUAUCGGGGGAAGCGCCGCGGCCGAAACGAAAAGGAAUCGUCGAAACCAUUUGAUAUUAGCCCACCCACGCUUACUAAGGUAACGCAAUAUGGACUUUAUUAAACAGUGGUAUAGCUGAAAGUGAUUUGAACGUAAGAUAUGAACUGAAAGUCAAGUGCUUCUUAGUGCAACGCGAUGUGGACUCUAUUGCGCCGGUGAUACAGUUGAAAGUGCUUUGAAUAUUAGAACUUUUUAAACGGUAUAAUCGGACUGAAACUUGUGUAUGUGUAUUGAUAUUUGACAAGCGUUCUAACGAAUUUUGCCAAGCGCUGAUUGCAAUGAGUUGGCGCCAAUUUUGCAAGCCAAUAUUGAACAGUAAGAGAACUGUAAUAUUUUCACUUACCUGUGGCGCCAACUGGUGAAAGCUAGUAUAUUAUAUUAUAUCGUUUGCGUUGAGGUAAAAAGCAUGCAAUUUCAUUCAACUAGUUCGAUUGAUAGCCGCCAUUUGAAAUUCGUGGCUACAUAAAUGUCAUUUAAAUAUUAAGAACUUGAUCAAUUAAAUUGACAUUUAGAAAUACAAUGACAUAGUCGUGAUAACAUUACUAAAAUACUUAUAAAUUAGCGAAAGAGUGUAAUCAUACUUUCUGCUGUUGCGCUAUCAUGAUAGUGAACUUUACACUUUAUUGCCAUGGUAAUAAAGUCGAGUUUCGAAUUUGAAAUAAGGUAGGUAGAUUAAAAAUCUGACAUACCAGUAGCAAACACUAAUCCAUUUUGAUAUUAAAUAGUAUAUUCUGUUGCUAUUGAAAUAAAGUUGAAUUUUUAACUGUCUUUUAGUGCUCAUUCACGAGGUACGAAUCCAUGACACUCAAUUCUAAAUAUUGAAGGAUAUAAAUAUAAAAAUGCUCUAUUUUUGACAAUAAAAGCUUGAAUGGGUAUGUUGAUCAAAAGUGUACGUAAUAAAUUGAAAUUUUAUUCAACUUUCAGUUUUAGAAGUUUCAAUUCAGAAUAGUUAAAAGUAUUAUGAUUAAUAAUUACAUAUUCAAAAGAUUUGGGUUUCUUUCACUGGAUUGUGUGAUACAUUAUGUAAUGAUCUCAGAAUAUUUUCAAGUAAAUAAUGAAAUAUGUAUCAAUGUUUCAAACAUAAAAGUGUCUUGAAUGAUAUGCAUAAUUAUUCCAUUAAUAUAGUAAUUAAUGUUUUAUCUAGCUACUCACAAAAUCAAAUAUUUUAAUUCUAACUUAUUUUGACACGAAAAUCAAUUUUGUAUAGAUUUUUUUAAUAAUCCUUUUAGUUAAAUUGAAUUUGCCUUUUUUUCUGUAGACAAAUUCAGCAGCCUUCAAUGUUUUGUUUAUAAAAUAAGUAAAGUAAAAAUAUCUCAAUUAAAGUUAAAUAAAUGUACGUAGAUAGAACUAGUAUAAUGGAGAAUAUUUGUUAUAACUGUAUUUUUUAUAAAAUAAACAAUAUGGAUCUCUCAUUACGUCCGUAUAUUAAAAUUAAAUGUAUUAAAAAGUUUAAGGCGACUUUACAUAUAAAAGUAUUGGUACAAAUUCUAAUAAGUGUAAAAAAACUAAGCUGCCAAUAGUGCUUAAUUUCGCAAUUCAUUUAGACUUUUUAUAAAAACCUAUUUUAAUGAUUUUUCAAUAUAAUUUAUUAGUAUUUUUCAAUGUAAUUAACAGUAAAGUCGUCUGAAAAUAUAAGGAAAUCUUCAAUGGACGUAUUCCAAAUACUAGACAUUUGUUCUCACGAAGAUUUCUAUUUAGGUAGGUAGUGAAAAUAAAUUUGAAGUAUGUAAUGACGCUAAUUUGAUCUUUAUUGUUCAUUUUUUAAAGUUGAUUAUGUGUUGGUAUGUAUUCACCCAACCGCCUGGAUACGGAGGAGCGUUCAUUUGGCGCAAUAUUGGUUGUUACUAUAAUAAAUGUACCGUUUACGAUAAAACUGAGUUUUGGGGAGAAUUCCCCAAAAUUCCUAAAGCAUAGACUACACCGCGAACUAAGCAAAUCACUAAUAAUUUCGCGUUUGAAAUACAUGAGUACUUAACCGACUUCAUCAAAAGAAGUAGGUUCUCAAUAAUCUGUUGGUAUUUUUUUAAUUAAACUUUUUUUUUACUUAGAUUAUUCGUUUAAUUUUAAAGUGAUCUCUAAAUUCCAAUUAAAAAUUUGACAAAUGGUGAAUUCCUGAUUACAAACAAUUAAAAAAGUAGCCAUAAAAAAGGUUUAACUCGUUGUGUAGUCUUAAGAUAAAAAAAAGUAAAAACAUGAAAAAUCCCACCAUACAUCUAAUUGAAUUUAAAUUAUCUUUUCGUUGCAAAUACCAGAGUAAGAAAUAGUGAUAUAAAAGUGUCAAACGUCUAUAACUUAUUUAUCACAUUAUAUUAUGUAUUAUGCAUGGUUGGAAGGGUUAUGCCUCGGAUUAUGUUGUGAUUUUAUUUAAGGUUUGCAAUAAUUAUUCGUGUAAAUAAGUUUAUGUUCAUAAAGAGACAUUAUUGUAGUGUUGAAAUGGAAUAUAUCACAUGUUACAUUUGA